GAUGGAGCCGCUCAGCGGGACACCAGACGCUGAUGCGGGACGAGCUGAGCGUCGUUGAGUCCUGUCCCAUAUCGGAGGACGCUGAAGAGAAAACAGAACUAACGCUGCCUUGUUGCUUGUUUGGCCGUGGAUGGCGCCCGAGGUGGCUCCCAGUUGAAGUUUGCUGACGGGUAGUUUAGUCAUCGGAGUUGCGCUGGACCUGCGUCUCUGAAUCGGCUCUUUGUGCCGUCUGGACCGUUUGUGGUGCCACUUUCCAGCCGUGGAAACAGGCCUCCAAGAUAGAUUCCCUCAGAAGUAAAGUGGACUUUCUGCGCCUCCCCCUUGCCCUCUCCUCCAAGUCGGUUGGCCUCCAUAAGACUCAGCUGGGUGUGGUCUGGGAAAAGGGGGGCAGCUUCGGGACAGGGGGGUCUCAGAGACCCUACCCACCGCCAGCCUCCGAUAUGGACAACGAGUCUCUGUACUCAGCCUACUCAUACAAGUCGUCCCAGUCCAGGACCUCCAGAAAACACAGGGAGCGGCGGGACAAACAUCGCUCCAAGACCCGAGACAUCUCUGGAGACAAGUCGGUCACAAUCCAAGCUCCAGGACAGCAGAUGCUAGAUGCAGAGUCCGCCAGAGAAGAGGAGCGGGAUGACAACUGGGGGGAGACCACCACCGUGGUCACCGGCACCUCUGUGGACAGCGCCUCCAAUGAAGACCUCACACGCAUAUCCAAGGAAGUAGACGAGCCCUCUCCCUUCACGUGCCAGCGCUACCUCGGUCCGGUCCUAAGUGCUGUCCUUGGCCUGUUUGCCUUCGCCACUCCUGUGGCCUUCCUGGCUCUGCCGCAGCUUCUGUGGCGAGACACGCUGGAGCCUUGCACCACUCCGUGUGAAGGCCUUUACAUAUCGCUUGCCUUCAAGCUCCUCAUCCUCCUCAUCUCCACCUGGGCGUUGUUCCUCCGUCCUCCCAGAGCCAGUCUGCCACGCUUCUUCAUCUUCCGCUGUCUGCUGCUGGCCCUUGUCUUUCUCUUUGUGGCUUCAUACUGGCUCUUCUAUGGCGUGCGAGUGCUGGAGCCGAAGGAGACGGACUACCGAGGAAUCGUGGGAUACGCAGCUUCUCUGGUGGAUGCCCUGCUUUUCAUUCAGUACCUGGCAUUAGUGCUGCUGGAGGUCCGGCACUUGCAGCCCGCCUUCUGUCUCAAGGUCGUGAGGAGCACCGAUGGGCACAGCCACUCCUACAAUGUGGGACACCUCAGUAUCCAGCGGGCGGCCGCUUGGCUUCUGGACCAGUACUACUGUGACUUCCCCAUCAAUAACCCUGCUCUUCUAAACCUGCCCAAGUCCGUCCUCUCGAAGAAGCUAUCAGCCUUUAAGGUUUACAACCUGGGUGAAGAAAAUGGUGCCAACAACACCACAGGUCAGUCCAGAGCUAUGAUUGCUGCCUCCGCUCGUAAGAGAGACUCGUCCUACAAUGAGUACUACUACGAGGAGGCAGAGGUGGAGCGAAGGGUCCGCAAGCGCAGAGCGCGGCUGGUGGUGGCUGUGGAAGAAGCCUUCACCCACAUCAGACGUCAGCAGGAGACGGAGGACGACUCGUCGUCCCCGAAGCAUGCAGCACGCGAGGUGAUGGAGCCAAGGGAGGCGGCGCAGGCCAUCUUCGCCCCCUUGGCCCGGGCCAUGCAGAAGUACCUCCGGGCCACGAGGCAGCAGUCGUACCACAGCAUGGAGAGCAUCAUCACCCACCUGCAGUUCUGUGUCACUCACAGCAUGAGCCCCAAAGCGUUUCUGGAGCGGUACCUCACCCCAGGAUCCACCCUGCAGUAUCUGGACAACAGCAGAGGGCGCCAGUGGACGUUGGUGAGCGACGAACCUGUGACGGCCUCGCUGCAUCAAGGUCAAGUGUUUUCGCUGAGGCGGCCCGACUUCUCUUUGGUUGUCACGGUGACGCCCCUCCCUUUCCUGCAUCUCGAGGAGGAGUUUGUUGACCCCAAAAGUCACAAGUUUGUCAUGAAACUGCAGUCUGAGACAUCGGUGUAAGAGCCAUGACAUCAGCUUUAUAUAUCUCGUCUGAUGUUGUAAACAGAGCUUUUUUGAUAAGUUGCUCAUUGUUUUUGGUUUAUAAGUAUUUUUAACAUUCAUUUCAGUUUAGUAACCAUGUCGUUUCUUAUGUAUUGUUAAAAAAAAUAAGAUAUAAUCUAAAAUAUUUUUUGAUUUCUGCUGAAAAAUAAGUGUUGAUUUCCCUUCAUACGCGUGUUUGUUUGUUCUCUGCAUGUCGUGAUUUUUGACCACCAGGUGUGAAGGUCAGUCAAAGACAUUUUGGUUUAGUAAUGACAGAAUCAGGUGGCGGAGUGAGUUGGACAGCCUCUUUUCAUAAGAGUGGGGAAUGAAAUCUGAAUAACAGCACGUCCCCAUGAUCACUUCCUGUUUGCUCUUACUUUAAAUGAGUGGAUUUAACGUUACCUGAUGCUGCUCAGUGAGUUUUGUCCAGCAAGAUGAAACGUGUGACCUUGGGGUUCACGUCUGUCCGAUGAAGAAAAUAUUUGUCGGACGUCGCUCUUCCUCUCAACUUUUCCUGCAUUAACUAAUCCACUGACCAUAUGGACAGAUUUGAUGUCUGCUAAAUCAUAUUCCUUUAUGCUGUCAGUAACUUUGGAGCCGGUAGAGUCACAAAAAGGAAGGCGAUUUUCCAGUUUGCCUCAGUAGAACAGCAGAGGUGUCAAUUGUAUGUGCACAUAUGCUAAGUUAGCACAUUAGUCAAUGCUACUGUCAGACACAUAAAGCGCGGGCAACAAAAUAAAUGUUUACAAUAGAUUACCAUAAUAUGUAUGGCGGUUGA